CUCAUACCGCACUAUUACCAUGUAUCCGAAGAUGGAGCAGCAGGGUACGAUAGCCCCCACAGGUGUUUGAGCAAGAUAACAUUCGGUUAAUUUUUGAUCUUUGGAACGCUGCUACAUUUAUCAAAAAUGACUACAUACGGGCUAGGCUUACACAGCAUAGGGCUAAACGUGUUGUUUUGCUUUCUCUUACGUCAUGCCGAUUUGUACAAUUUAGACAUACCGCACGCUAUUCCACUCAGUGGUCCGAAUGGAACAUUUUUUGGAUAUUCUGUGUUGCUACACAAGCAUCAGCAACAGACAUGGGUAAUAGUUGGCGCACCAGUUGCAAAUUCAAGGUUCAACCAGGCUGUCAGGAAUCCUGGAGCAAUCUACAAGUGCAAAAUUACAGACAAGAAGGACUGUGAACAGAUUCAACUCGGUGUAAUGCUUGACAUGCCCUGUGGCAGACACUGUUCUGCUGAGAUUGAAAACCAGUGGCUUGGUGUGAGCCUCUCCAGGCGGCAGCAGGAUGGACUUGUGUUGGCCUGUGGACAUCGUUGGAAAAAUGUCUACUCCACCAAAAAAGAAGAUCUAAAUAAGUUGCCACAUGGCGUAUGCUACAAAAUGGAGUCUGACUUGAAUCAAUCAAGUCCUUUGAUUCCAUGCUACAGAGAUCACGAAAAUACGUUUGGCAAUGACUUUGCAUCAUGUCAAGCAGGGAUUUCAAAUGUCCUUAUUGGGGACCUCAUAGUAAUGGGAGCCCCUGGAACCUUGUUUUGGACUGGGUCUGUUUUUGUCCACAACAUAUCCAGUCAGGUCACUUCUGCCUACUUGGAUGAUAACGUUGUCCUCUAUGGAAGUUAUUUGGGGUACUCAGUCAGUGCUGGCCACUUCCUGCACCCAAACUCCACUGAGGUAGUGGGUGGAGCCCCCCAGUACGGGCAGACUGGAAGAGCCUACAUCUUUAGCAUAGAGUCCAGCACACUGAGCAUCAUCUCUGAGGUUAAAGGUCAAAAGCUGGGUUCCUAUUUUGGGGCCACUGUGUGUGCGGUGGACCUGAACACUGAUGGCCUGUCUGACCUGCUGGUGGGAGCUCCAAUGUUCAGCGCUGUGAGGGAGGAGGGCCGUGUGUACAUCUACAUGAACCAGGGACAGGCUAACAUGAAGGAGAUGGAGUUUACAUUAGCAGGGAGAGAUUCAUAUGCAGCCCGGUUUGGGGAAAGUAUCACAAGUCUUGGAGAUAUUGAUGAUGAUGGCUAUCCAGAUGUUGCAGUUGGGGCACCACAAGAGGAUGACCUACAUGGUGCUAUUUAUAUCUACAAUGGGAGGAAGACGGGACUUGAACAAUACUUUUCUCAAAGGAUUGCUGGGUCUGCCUUGGGUAGUGCUUUCAAGAUGUUUGGCCAGUCUGUGUCUGGGGGCAUUGAUGUUGAUGGAAACGGUUACCCAGAUGUGGCCGUGGGAGCCUUUCUGUCCGACUCAGCUGUUGUUCUGAGGACACGGGCGGUUGUUGUGGUGGAGGCGAUGAUACUUCUUCCUCCUAGUGUGAACCGCACCCAUGCCCUGUGUACAGAGAACGGCCAGCCUGCCGUUUGCCUCACCUCUGUGUGCUUCCAGUUGCACGCGAAACGUGUCUCUGGGCUCAUCGAAAUACUGUACAACCUGACGGCUGAUGUCAAGCACAUAGAGGGGCUCCAGUCCAGAUUCUUCUUCAACACCAACGGCACAGAGUUAUCAAAUGCCACAGCAGGCAGCAUCAAGACCAGGCAUGGCCACAUGACCUGUGUUACCCACCUGGCCUUUCUGAGGAGAGACAUUUGGGACAUCUUCACCCCCAUCCACUUUGAGCUGCAGUAUGAGCUGGGAGAGCACAAUGUGGUGAGGGGUAACUCCAAGAGCUUUCCCCCUCUCAGGCCUAUGCUCCAGAGGGGAGAGGAGUACAGCAACUUGCUGACCAACAAGACUGUAUUCACCAGGUACUGUGCCUGGGCCAACUGUUCCACCAAUCUGCAAGUGUCUGCACAGCUGCUGUUACCGAGGACACAUAGAGACAUGCCAUACGUUGCCCUGGGGGAGGGGAAGACCAUUCUACUGAAUGUUACGCUGUCCAAUGCUGGCGACGCUGCCUUCCUCCCCAUGCUUCACCUGAGAUACCCCAGCAAUCUCUACUUCAUCAAAGUGUUGGACGCUGAGGAGAAAUACGUGAGCUGUAAAAUUGCUGAGGAAGAGAAGACAAGUGUCGGGCUAGAUUGCAGCGUGGGAAAUUUGUUUUUCAACACCUUAGCCAAAGUUAAUAUCAGCUUUCUGCUGGAUGUCAGUGCUGACAGUGAACCUGGUGACCUGAACAUUAUAAUCAAUGCAACCCGGGAGAAUUUAGAAAAUGAAGAUCUUCUCCAUGACAAUAUUGUUAAUCUGACUCUGCUAUUGAGAUAUGGAGUGAAUCUAAACAUCCACGGUUUUGUAUCCCGAACAGAGUUUGUGUUUGGGGACUUUGAGGAGCCACACUGCUCUGCUGAGAGGUUCAAAUACACUUUCAAGGUUGUCAAUGUUGGUCCAAGCAUAUCUCACGGCACAAGAGUGGAAAUUGAUAUCCCCAAAGCUUUAGCACCGUAUCCAUACAGACUGCUCAACAUUUUGGACAUACAGUCAUCUUCUGGGUGGUGUUACAUUCGAAACUCCACUGAUGGGACCAGCAGUACACAUGGCACCAUGUAUGGAAGCCAGAGAGCCAGUACCAUUGACAGUGUUUGGUUAAAUGUGACAACUACCACUGACAGCUAUUGGACGAAUAGGUCCAGCACCACACACCCUUAUUGGACUAAUAUUUCCAGUACCACUGACACCAAUUGGACUAGUAUGUCCUAUUGGGCCAAUGUGAGAAACUGGACCACUGUUAUUGAGGAUGAGUGUGAUCUGCCUGACUCCAAUCCCUUGAAUGAUUUCUUCUUCUUCUUCUCGAAAAGCAGUAGAAGACAUAUGUAUUGUAUGAAAGAGGAUGCUCUGUGUCUGUACGCGGUGUGUGAGCUUGGAGACAUGGACAUUGGGAAAGAUGUCACCAUUGAAAUGGAGGUCGAAAUGAAUUCGGGAGUUUUAGACAUCUCACCGGGAAGACAUAGUGUCAUGCUGUUAGAGACCACUGCUGUCAUAUCACCCAAGAAGGACCCAUUUAUUUGGUUCUUAAAAGAAGACCCCAUCACAGUGGUUGUCCUGGAGGCCCAUCAUAGCCACAAACUGAAACGAGUCAUUGAGCUGUCCAUCAUCGUGGCCAGUCUCUUACUAGGCCUCUUCAUCCUUGCCUUGCUGGUCAUCUGCAUGUGGAAGAGUGGCUUCUUUAAGCGUGAGGACAAGAUGGAGAAUAUACAAAGGCUCAGCUGGGACUACUGAGGACGGACAUUGAUUCAUAUCAAAUAUAUGACACAAUAUCAUAGUUAACCUGAUGCGACGAGCAAUCCGGUAUCUGGGAGCGUAAUUAUAGCCUCAAGCUCAAGCUCAUUACCAUAACGCAACGUUAACUAUUCAUGAAAAUCGCAAAUGAAAUGAAAUAAAUAUAUUGGCUCACAAGCUUAGCCUUUUGUUAACAACACUGUCAUCUCAGAUUUUCAAAAAAUGCUUUUCAACCAUAGCUACACAAGCAUUUGUGUAAGAGUAUUGAUAGCUAGCAUAGCAUUAAGCCUAGCAUUCAGCAGGCAACUUUCACAAAAACAAGAAAAGCAUUCAAAUAAAAUCAUUUACCUUUGAAGAACUUCGGAUGUUUUCAAUGAGGAGACUCUCAGUUAGAUAGCAAAUGUUCAGUUUUUCCAAAAAGUUAUUUGUGUAGGAGAAAUCGCUCCGUUUUGUUCAUCACGUUUGGCUAAGAAAAAAACCCGAAAAUGCAGUCAUUACAACGGAAACUUUUUUCCAAAUUAACUCCAUAAUAUCGACAGAAACAUGGCAAACGUUGUUUAGAAUCAAUCCUCAAGGUGUUUUUCACAUAUCUAUUUGAUGAUAAAUCACUCGUUGCAGUUUGGUUUCUCCUCUGUUCAAAAUUGAAAAAUGCACGGACCUGGAGAUUACGCAAUAGUUUCGACGGAGGACACCGAGCGGACACCUGGUAAAUGUAGUCUCUUAUGGUCAAUUUUCCAAUUAUAUGCCUACAAAUACGUCACAAUGCUGGAAACACAUUGGGGAAACGACAGAAAGUGUAGGCUCAUUCCUUGCGCAUUCACAGCCAUAUAAGGAGACAUUGGAACACAGCGCCUCAGAAAUCUGGCUCACUUCCUGUAUGAAAUUCCAUCUUUGUUUCGCCUGUAGCAUUAGUUCUGUGGCACUCACAGACAAUAUCUUUGCAGUUUUGGAAACGUCAGAGUGUCUUCUUUCCAACGCUGUCAAUUAUAUGCAUAGUCGAGCAUCUUUUCAUGACAAAAUAUCUUGUUUAAAACGGGAACGUUUUUCAUCCAAAAAUGAAAUACUGCCCCCAGAGGUUCAAGAGGUUAACUUUGUCGGGAUCAGUGUCCCUUCCACGGGACGGUUGAGCUAACGUAGGCUAAUGCGAUAAGCAUGAGGUUGUAAGUAACACAAAAAUGUCCCAGGUCAUAGACAUAUCUGAUAUGGGCAGAAAGCUUAGAUUCUUGUUAAUCUAGCUGCACUGUCCAAUUUACAGUAGCUAUUACAGUGAAAGAAUACCAUGCUAUUGUUUGAGGAGAGUGCACAAUUUUUGAACAUGAGGUUAUAAAUCAAUUAGGUACAUUUGUGAAGUCUUGACACACAAUUUUGAACAGAAAUACAAUGGUUCAUUGGACCAGUCUAAAACUUUGCACAUUCACUGCUGCCAUCUAGUGGCCAUAAUCUAAUUUGCACCUGGGCUGGAAUGAUACAUCAUGGCAUUUCUCUGUAUAUUCUCCUACAUUCCUUUCACAUUUCCACAAACUUCAAAGUGUUUCCUUUGAAAUGGUACCAUGAAUAUAGGAUGUGAAUAGUUAUGCACGCUCAAGUUUUCCGUUUUUUUGUCUUAUUUCUUGUUUGUUUAGAAAUAAACAAAUAUUUUGCAUCUUCAAAGUGGUAGGCAUGUUGUGUAAAUCAAAUGAUACAAAUCCCCGAAAAAUCGAUUUUAAUUCCAGGGUGUAAGGCAACAGAAUAGGAAAAAUGCUAAGCGGGGUGAAUACUUUCACAAGCCACUGUAUUGGGGGUGGCAGGUAGCCUAGUGGUUAGAGCGGUGCACAAGUAACUGAAAGGUUGCAGGAUUGAAUCCCCAAACCUACAAGGUAAAAAUCUGCCAUUAACCCACUGUUCCCUGGUAGGCCGUCACUGUAAAUGAGAAUGUGUUCUUAGCUGACUUGCCUAGUUAAAUAUUAUAAUAAUAAUAAUGAAUUCGUAGGAGAAAAACUGGCAAAUAGACACACUUAAAAAAAAAAAUUCAUGUGGAUUAUAGGAAUUCAGAGGGAAAUUACAAAAUGCACUUUAUAUUUGACAAGAGACAUCUUGAGAUUAACCUACAUGAACAAAAGCAAACAAAAUUUGAUAUAGGAACUAGAAAAAUGCUCAGCUUUUGAGAGGCAAUUAUGUUUUCUAUGCAACUCAAGUUUUGAAAUGUCUCAAAUGUUAUUCUAAAUUUCAAUAGACUACAUGCCAUCUAAAUUGCAGUAUUGUUUUUGUAAAAUAAAAAAAUAAUUGUACCAUGCUGUAAAUUAUUAGUUAUUCCUGUACAGGGAGACAAGGUGUUGUCAUUUUGUAGGCCGAGUCUGACUGCCUGGUUCUAAUCAAAUUUCACCCAUGUUUUCACAGUGAUUAUUCUACAAUAAGGUCUGUGUAGCAUGUAGGUGUACUGACUAGCUAUUGUUCUGAGAAGGUGAUGUCAAUCAAUGUUUGACUAAAAAGAAAGACUAAAAACCUCUUAAAGAUAUUAAUUUGGUUAAAAAAACGUAUUGUAAUUAGUUGGCCUAAGUCUUACACAGACCUAUUUAUCGCUAUAAAAAAUCUAUCUUGUGGGAAAAUGGAUGGGGGCAAAUGGCAGCAAAUCACUUCUUUGCUUUGUGUAAUACAAAAUGACACCGGCACACCUCAGCACUCUAUUACACUGAAAUGUGGUUUGUUUUAUUUUCUUAACUUUUAAAAAGACAGGUUGACACCCUCAGUUAUUUUGGAAAUGCACAACCUCUGUUUGUCACUUCCACUAAAUGGUACUUGUCUUUAGGAUGUUACCAAUCACCUGAAGUUGAACCGAUUUCAAGUAAGGAAAGUGCUUAUUCUAGAAACCACUGGUUUGAAUGCAUUUACAACUCUUCAAGGCGCCAUAUGUUGGCAUUGGUUAACACCAUACAUGCCUUACCAGUACCAUACUUGAACCAAAAUUAACCCACAUACUACAGGUGUCAUCUGUACUAUAAUCAUCAUUUCAUUUAAGAAACAUUUUCAUUGCCAUCCAUUAUGAAUGUUGAUCAUUAAAUAUCUUCUUACUGAAAUGUCCAAGCAGUGUGUUUGUAUUUCCAAAGUCUGAUUGUCACCCCCUGAACUUAGAGAUCCUGUUUAUGUCUUUAUUUUGGUUUGGUCAGGGUGUGAGUUGGGGUGGGUAUUCUAUAUUCUAUUAUUUGUAUUUCUAUGUUUUGGCCGGGUAGGGUUCUCAAUCAUGGACAGCUGUCUAGCGUUGUCUCUGAUUGAGAACCAUACUUAGGUAGCCCUUUUUUCCACCUGUCUUUUUUGGGAAGUUGACUUUUGUUUAGCCUUAGCCUUUAGCUUCACGUUUUUUUUGUGUAGUGUUUAUUGUUUUUGUUCUUGUUCUGCGUCUUUUUUCCAAAUAAAGAGAAAAUGUAUGCACAA